AUGGAACUGAAAUCAGCAGGCGCUAGUAUUGUUGGUGACGGCAACACAGUUUCGAGUCUCGCCAAUGUCAAUCCACAAGUUAAUGCUGGUGUAAAUCUCUUGAACGCUGUUACACAGACUGCAUCCGAAGUAGCUGGCGGUGGUGGAUUACUAGGCGGAUCAGGAGGUGCUGGCAAUAAUAUCGGCGGCAGGCAAGUCAUGGACCAAGGCACCAGUAUACUGGGUAGUGGUAAUCAAGUCUUCAGUCUGCUAAAUGUAAACCCGCAACUGAACGCCGAUGUGAAUGCUUUGAAUACGGUGAAACAAGAAGCUGUAGGUGGUGGUGCUGGUGGAUCUGUCGGGUCUGGGCAACACACUGUGACCCAUAUUGCUCGUGGUCCCGGAAAUACAGUGACGAAUACCGGCCAGCACAAUCAACAAGUGAGCGCAUGCGUAAGCUUCAUUAAUGCGAUCUCACAAUCCUCACAUACCGUUCCAAUUAAUGUAAAGAGUGUUGGGCACGCAGUUGGGGCCUCUAAUAAUAUUGGAGGUCAGCAAGUCAAAAACACAGGAGCUCGCAUAGUCGGCGACGGCAACACUGUUUCGAGUCUCGCGAAUGUCAAUCCGCAAGUAAAUGCUGGUGUCAACCUGCUAAACACAGUUACGCAAACCGUUUCAGGAGCCACAGGUGGAGCAGGUGGUGGUAAAAGUGGUGGACUGUUAGGUGGUGUACUGGGUGGACUCGGAGGAGCAACCAACAAUAUUGGUGGCAGGCAAAUGAUGGACACCGGCACCAGUAUUGUAGGUAGUGGCAAUACGGUUUCCAGUUUACUGAACCUCAAUCCCCAAGUGAACGCUGAUGUCAAUGCCCUGAGCGCUGUGCAGCAGCAAGCGACUGGUGUCACUGGCGUAACCGGUGGUGCCGCCAAGACAGCUAAUCUUGCUGGUGUCAGUCGUCCUCUUGCUGGAGGUACUGGAAAUAAUAUUGGUGGCAGCCAACUGCAACCCUCAGGAGCUCGCAUAGUCGGCGAUGGUAACACGGUUUCGAGUCUCGCGAAUGUCAAUCCGCAAGUAAAUGCUGGAGUAAAUCUGCUAAGCACAGUUACGCAAACUGUUUCUGGAGCCACUGGGGGAUCGGGUGGUGGACUUUUAGGAGGUGUUCUUGGUGGAGUCGGCGGUGCUACGAACAAUAUUGGUGGCAGACAAGUCAUGGAUACAGGCAGUACCAUACAAGGAAGUAACAACCAGAUUUUCAGUCUUUUGAAUCUCAAUCCCCAAGUGAACGCAGAUGUUAAUGCGCUAAACGCUGUUACUCAAAAAGCAACUGGUGUGGGAACUGUUACUGGUGCUGCUGGCGGAGUCAGUGGUGCUACAGGAACAGGUGGCUCAAAAGUAACAGGAUUAAGUCGUGCUGGAAAUAAUAUCGGAGGCAGUCAAGCUCAGUCCACUGGAGCUCGCAUAGUCGGCGAUGGUAACACUGUCUCGAGUCUCGCGAAUGUCAAUCCGCAAGUGAAUGCUGGUGUAAAUCUGCUAAGCACAGUUACGCAAACUGUUUCUGGAGCCACUGGGGGAUCAGGUGGUGGACUUUUAGAAGGUGUUCUUGGUGGAGUCGGCGGUGCUACGAACAGUAUUGGUGGCAGGCAAGUCAUGGAUACAGGCAGUACCAUACAAGGAAGUAACAACCAGGUUUUCAGUCUUUUGAAUCUCAAUCCCCAAGUGAACGCAGAUGUUAAUGCGCUAAACGCUGUUACUCAAACAGCAACUGGUGUGGGAGCUGCUGGCGGAGUCAGUGGUGCUACAGGAACAGGUGGCUCAAAAGUAACAGGAUUAAGUCGUGCUGGAAAUAAUAUUGGAGGCAGUCAAGCUCAAUCCACAGGAGCUCGCAUAGUCGGCGAUGGCAACACGGUUUCGAGUCUCGCGAAUGUAAAUCCACAAAUUAAUGCAGGCGUAAAUCUGCUUAACACAGUUACGCAAACUGUUUCUGGAGCCACGGGUGGUGUGGGUGCUGGUAAAAGCGGUGGACUAUUAGGCGGCGUACUAGGUGGACUUGGUGGUGCAACCAACAAUAUUGGUGGCCAACAAAUGAUGGACACUGGCACCAGUAUUGUAGGUAGUGGCAAUACGGUUUCCAGCCUACUGAACCUCAAUCCCCAAGUGAACGCUGAUGUCAAUGCCCUAAAUGCUGUUAAACAGGAAGCAACUGGUGUAGCGGGCGUAACCGGUGGUGCAGGCAAGCCAGGUAAGCCAGGCGGUGUAAGUCGAACUGCCGUAUCAGGUGGGGUUGGAAAUAAUAUUGGCGGCACUCAAUCACAAUCGACAGGAGCUCGCAUUGUAGGCGAUGGCAAUACGGUUUCGAGUCUCGCCAAUGUGAAUCCACAAGUGAAUGCUGGCGUAAAUCUCCUCAAUUCUGUUACACAAACCGUUUCUGGUGCCACAGGCAGUGGAGGUGCGGGCAAAAGUGGUGGUCUAUUGGGUGGUGUACUUGGUGGGCUCGGUGGUGGAGCAAACAAUAUUGGUGGCAGGCAAGCCAUGGAUGCAGGCACUCGCAUUGUAGGUGAUCGCAAUACGGUUUCCAGUCUCGCGAAUGUGAAUCCACAAGUGAACGCUGAUGUGAAUCUAUUAAACUCGGUUACACAAACAGUUACUGGUGCAAGCGGUGGUGGCGGUACAGGUGGUGGCUUAUUAGGGGGCUUACUCGGCGGCUUGGGCGGUGCGACCAACAAUAUCGGUGGCAAGCAAGUCAUGGAUACUGGGACCAGCAUUAUUGGCAGUGGGAAUACCGUUAGCAGCUUACUGAAUGUUAAUCCACAAGUGAAUGCCGAUGUCAAUGCCUUGAAUGUGGUGAAUCAGCAAGCCACUGGCGUACAAGGCGGCAUUGAUGGUGGUACCAGUACUGCAGGUGGUGUGCAAAAUGUAGCAGGCAGACCUGUGCGGCCAGCAAGCGCUGUAGCCGCUGGCAAUAAUAUUGGUGGCAGUCAAACACAAAAUAGCGGAACGGUGAUUCAGGGAUCCAGUAAUGAGGUGUUCACCUUGGCCGACGUGGCACCACAACUUGAUCUCAACAUUGACUUACUCAAUGCAGUGACGCACACCGGUUCUGGAGGUGGAGGCGUCAAUGAUGCUACCGUUAUUCGUGGUGACAACAAUAAGGUAAGCACUUUGGCCAAAGUUAAGCCACAAGUGGGUGUGAAUUUGCAAGUGCUCAAUCAAGUCGAGCAGCUUACCGGUCUUGUAGGCGACAUUUUGCAAGAUCCAUCUAGUGUGACGAAUAUAUUGUUGCCCGGUUCGGAUGGUGAAAUGGACUGUGGUGAGAACAAUAUCGGCAAUAUGCAGGAGCGCAUAUCCGGUGCUGAUAUUGUUGGCAACAAUAAUGAAGUCUUCACCGGAGUUGACAUAAGUCCACAAAUUAAUGCCGAUCUGAAUAUCUUGAAUAGUGUAAGGCAGAGAGUACACUGCAAGCCAAGAGUUAAGCCAACAACACUUCCACCAACUUUGCCCCCAACUCUUCCGCCAACUUUGCCUCCAACACUUCCACCAACUUUGCCACCAACUCUACCCCCAACACUUCCACCGACCUUACCUCCAACUCUUCCACCAACCUUGCCACCAACUUUACCUCCAACACUUCCACCAACUUUGCCACCAACUCUACCCCCAACACUUCCACCGACCUUACCUCCAACUCUUCCACCAACUUUGCCACCAACAUUACCACCUUAUCCUCCAUUGCCGCCAUUGCCACCAUAUCCCAUAUAUCCUCCUUAUCCGCCAUAUCCAGAAUAUCCCACAUAUCCACCUCCACAUUUGCCAUCCUAUGUGCCACAUGCACCAAAAGUACCAAAGCCAGCUCCAAUUCCAAAUGCACCACCACAAACAUCGUCGAAUAAUUGCUUCGAAAUAACCGAUUUUGAUAUUGACGGCACGACGGCAGGAAAAACACGCGUGGUUUGUGUGCCGAAGCCAGCAGUUUCCCCGCAGAAUCCUUCACCACAAAUAUUAGUCUUACCUCCUGCAGUAGUACCACGUCCAGCGCCAAGAACACGUUGCUAUCGUCGGCGUUGCAACAAGUGGAGCACAAGGAAUGGUGAGAAGGAGUGUUGUAAUGAGAAUCAUCCUCAUCAUGUUGAGCCAGUUGCUCCAGCAUCGACUCCAAUUCAACAUACACGACAGCAAUCACAGCCAGCGGAUUACGUGAAAUCGGCACAACCUGUGCAGAUAAGACUUGAUCACUUCUAUCCUUAAAAUAAUGUAUCGAUAAUGUAGACGCUCUUUGAUAAUAAAUGAU